AUGGCACAACCAAAGCUGCCCGAAGGCGUCUUCUCUUUCCUCGACACUGAUCUUUACAAGCUGACGAUGCAGUGUGCGAUUCUAAAGUACUUUCCCACGGUCGAUGUUGAAUAUAAGUUCACCAACCGCACCCCGCAGAUGCGAUUGGAUCAAGAAGCUGUCAAUUGGCUGAAAGAACAGAUUACAAAGCUGGGGAAUAUCACCCUCGAACAGCAAGAGUUGGAAUAUCUCCGAAAACACUGCCCGUUCCUGACCUCCGACUACCUAGAGUACCUACAGACAUUUCGACUCCGGCCCGCCGAGCAGGUGCAUCUCGAGUUCAAGCCGGUCGAUGGAACGUACGGAGACCUCGACAUUACCAUCACUGGCCUGUGGGUCGAGACAAUUCUAUACGAAAUCCCCAUCCUGGCCUUGACGAGCGAAGCAUACUUCAAGUUUAUUGACAAGGACUGGGAUCACAGCGGGCAAGAGGAACGGGCAUACGAGAAGGGAGUGCGGUUAUUCCGCGCAGGCUGCAUUGUUUCGGAAUUCGGCUCUCGGAGAAGACGCGACUUCCACACCCAGGAUCUCGUGCUCAAAGGUCUAGUGAGGGCUUCACAUGAAAAAGGUCUGCCUGGAAAGCUGUCGGGCACAAGCAAUGUAUACUUUGCGAUGAAGUACAGCAUUCCGCCUGUCGGGACAGUGGCCCACGAAUGGUACAUGGGGAUCGCCGCCCUCACCGAUGACUACGAAAAUGCCAAUGAAAAUGGCCUCCGUUACUGGCUUGACUGCUUCGGCAAGGGGGUCCUGGGCAUUGCCCUCACGGAUACGUUCGGUACACCCGACUUCUUCAAGGCAUUCAAGAAACGGACGCCUGCCCGGACAUCGGCCUCACGGGACGAGUCGACGGGGUAUACUGACGACAGCCAUCCGGCAACGGAUCAGCCGUACUACGCCGAAGUGUUUGCAGGCAUCAGACAAGACUCUGGGGAUCCCAAGGAAUAUAUCAAAGGUGCUGAUAACUUCUACAAGUCGAUAGGAGUGGAAAACAAGAGUAUUGUGUUCUCAGACUCACUCAAUGUGGAAAAAUGCAUCGAAUACCGGGAAUUGGCAGAAGCCUGUGGGUUCAAGCCUUCUUUUGGGGUGGGUACAUUCUUCACGAACGACUUCAGCCGCAAGUCGGACCCCGAAGCCAAAUCCAAGCCGAUGAACAUCGUCAUCAAAUUGUCCAAGGCGGGCGGGAGACCGGCCAUCAAGUUAUCCGACAAUAUCGGCAAGAACAUGGGGGACGAGCAGACGGUCCUAGAUGUCAAACGCCGUCUUGGUUACACGGAGAAAGACUGGAGGGGGGUUGAUGAAUCAAAGAGGUGGUGA